ACGUGGGAGCAAGGCUAGACCAAUGGCCGCUCUCAGGGCGUGGUCAAUGAACCAUCGCUUACAUCCAGCCAUCAUGCUAGCUGAAGUAGUCCUGUGCAACUAGCAUUGCUAACUCAUGCAAUGACAUACUGGGUUACGUUCUCUAUGUGUAGUAAAUUUGUUCAUGGACACUGGGACAUAGAAUGGAAACAACAACGUGUGUGUGAAGGCGGCUGUUUUCUUUGUCGAGAGGACCCGAUAGGACUGCUGUCUCGGUUAGCUAGCCUCUAAGCUAGCGCGGCUAACCGUAGCAUACUCAUACUGCCUGCCAUCACGGCCAGCACAACAAACACCAAGCCAAGUCCAUAAGUCGGCGUUGGAAAUUUCUACCAUCAUGGAGAAGGCUGAUUUCUUGAAAGGACUACCCGUCUACAAUAAGAGCAACUUCAGCAGGUUUCAUGCAGACUCCGUUUGUAAAGCAUCUAAUCGGAGGCCUUCUGUGUACCUUCCAACACAAGAAUACCCCUCUGAACAGAUUAUUGUAACAGAGAAAACCAACAUUCUCUUGCGUUACCUCCAUCAGCAGUGGGACAAAAAGAAUGCAGCAAAGAAAAGGGAACAAGAACAAGGUGAGGGUGACAGUCCGGCACCCCCAAGGAAGAUUGCACGGACAGAUAGCCAAGAGAUGAAUGAGGACUCAUAAGUGUGUGUGUGUGUGUGUGUGUGUGUGUGUGUGUGUGUGUGUGUGUGUGUGUGUGUGUGUGUGUGCGUGUGCGUGUACAGAGUAUAGCCAGUAUAAACCAACCCCACCAAAUUUGAUUAGGAUAAUCCCACCUAAAUAAUAAAUACUUCUGGGCAUUCUGCACUAUGGCAGGAUGCCUUUCCUGGCAUCACCAAUAGCUAAAAUAUACGUGGAAGUAGGGAAAUAUCUGUCAACAAAGCAGCCAUUUAUUGUCUAAAAUUGUGUGCAUUAAAUUAAUAUAACCAGAAAAGAUUUGAAAGCCACUGUUUGCCACUGACAGAACAGAGUGGUUGUCAGGAAGGGAACUUUAUAGUGGUGUUUUAUUUUAAUGUUAUGCUGGGUACUCUGUGUUUGCAUACAUGCUACGCUGUGAGCGUGUUGUACUGUAUGCUUGAGGUGAAUGAAUAGUUGAAAAGCGUUAGAGUUGAUUUAAGUUUAGAGAGGGACUUGACAGAUAGUCAGACACUACCUUUGAAAUUGUCUCAUACACAUGACUUGUGUAGCCACUUGGUCACUUAGAAAGUCUGUCCUGAUUUGUGCAAAGACAACUUUUUGUUACUGUUUUAAUUUUAUUAUAACAAUUAUUUUUUACGUAUGGCAAUGAGCUUCCUGCCAGCCACAGUGCCCACCCUCUCAGUUUCACUGCCCACUCUGCAACCACAUGGGGGCAUUGCAACAUUUCUCCACACUGAACUAAGACUGCACUGUGAAGAACUGCACAAAGUAGAAGCAACUGUCCCAUAAUCCCCCAUAGAUAUGUGUUUAUGGUGAAUUGCAUACCGUGAUUAUAUUCUGGGACUUGUUCUUGUAGGAUAAAUGUUGUGGUGGUGUUUCUGAGAAAUAUUUUUUACAUCUAGCACCACCUUCUGGCUAAACGAUACUAGUGUAUGGGAUUUUCUGUGAGCUUUUGCUGCUCUUUCAUAAAAGGACAAAAAAAAAUAAGGAAAAAGUUGAGCUUGAAUACAGAGUUGUAAAAUGUUGGACUUUUAGUUGCACAACAAUGUAACAGCACAUAUAGUGAUGAAAAAAUGUACAGGAAUGUCUGGAAAAGGAAAGAAAAAAAAGAAGAAUGUUAUGAUCUGUGUAAAUAAUUGCCAGUACCAGAAGUUCAUCCAAUAUUUGUGUCUGCCUUUUUGUAAAAUAAUUCAUGCCCAUGGAUAUGAUAGAAAAAGGACCUUUUGUGAAAGUGAAGUAAAGAGCCACGGUGCUCAGUGGAUGUUACCUUGCCUUGCAUGUUGAUGUUUUCACGACCGGGUAUUAUACUUCCGGACCAGUAAUAAAACUUAAGGGGUGUUGUGGUGUUAUCUUGUGUGACUGUGGAAGGUAUUAGCCUAGAGGCCUUACAACCUGUCAUCAUGGUUUGGACCCUUUAGCUCCCCCAGCUCAGGGCCUGGGAUAGCUGUACUGUUCGCCCUGUCUUUGUGACAGCCCUAGAGGGUUUUUGUCACACGAGCUGGCUUAGAUGAACACGGGGCUUUAAAGGGACCUUAUAUUUUCAGCCAUAGAAUGCACAGUAAGCAUGCACAGCAAAGUGCAGUCGCCAUCCUGCCUUGUUCCUGAGCUUCAGUUUGUAUUGGUGUCAUAUACUGUACAACACUGAAUUAAGCUUUUUGUAUUAUUAUAAAUAUCACUGCCCAGCAGAGUCAAAUAAAAGCUUCCUGUCCUUUUUUUGGUUGAUUCUGCAAUGUGGGGUGACAGUGAGGUCUUUCAUUCUCCUACCUACGGUGUAAUUACUGUCUGUUUCUUGAGCGUAAAAAACACAGUAUGCUUCUGCCCAGAUAGACUAUUCUACCACACCCUAAUAAGCCUUGCCCCAUGUCAUGUGUGUUAGAUCAUCAGAUAUGUUCUUUUUAGCGUUGCUGAAAUAAAACUGCAUUGAAACUG